AUGAGGGACUUUGAUGGUGAUCAAAAAGAAUUGAUCAAGAAAUUGGUAAACUUUCGCAUGAUCGAUGGUAAAAGAACGAGAGUUCGUUCUAUUGUUUAUAAAACAUUUCACCACCUAGCUCGAACUGAAUGCGAUGUAAUAAAACUUAUGGUUGACGCUGUAGAUAAUAUAAAGCCAAUAUGCGAAGUGGUGAAAGUAGGAGUCACAGGUACUAUUUAUGAUGCUCCUGGGAUUGUAGCCAGGGAUCGUCAACAAACCUUAGCUAUUUGUUGGUUCCUUGGAGCAGCUUCGAAACGACGUAUAAGCUACAAGAUAAGCUUAGAGAAAUGUUCAUUUGCUGAGAUACUGGAUGCUUACCGAAAGAGGGGAAUUUCACGUAAGAGAAGGGAGAAUCUUCAUGGACUGGCUUCCACCAAUCGGAGUUUCGCGCACUUCAGAUGGUGGUAAAGUGAUACCACAUAAGGAGCUCUUCCUCAUUAAGUCAUACUCAACAA